AUGGCGGUCUCAGACGAUAGCCAAGAUAACUCUCCUGUGACCUACGAGCCUGUGGUUCCUGCAGAUCUCACCCGUGCCUCUUAUCACAGUGCAAUGAGUCCCCCACCACAACACACUGUGCGAGAGACUGGCAGCGACUCUGAUACGAGCAAUGCCUCGCUCAAGACUCCGCGCACUGCUCGAUUUGCCGAGGCUACAUCAAUUCACUCUCCCAUCGGUCAUACAGAAACCGGACGAUCACCUUUCGCCGACCCUCCCAUGACUCAAGUGAAGGGAGAUGUGGGAGAUGUGGGAUUCGGUUACGUGGGAGCGAACAAUGAGCAUGCGGAUGACCAGGUGCCAAUGUCGCCUUUCCGACCUGACCUGAAGGUUCCCCAGACAGCCAAGUCCUUGAACCCGCUCAGCCCAACUUUCCGCGAGGAGUACCUGCUUGAGAAGCAAGAAAAGAAAGCCGAAGUCGAGAAUGCCCGAGACCUGAGGAUCAAACUCCGUGUCCGGAUCGCUAAGCUCUUCCUGCGUUUCAUCAACUUCAGCUGCAGUUUGAUUGUGUUAUCUCUGCUAGCCGUGACAUUGUCCGUCUUUAACGCAACGAAGCACCUGCCCGCUCGCAAUAGCCUUCCUGCCUGGGCAGAGGGCACCAACCCAUGGGCCCAAUACCUUCUUCUAGGUAUGGCUUGCGUUUCCUUGAUCGCCUGUCUAAUCGUGCUCUGGGCCUACCGAAAGGGUGGCCACGGACGCGCCGAGAAGGUCGCUGUCUACUAUACCGGCUUCUCGAUCGCCUUCUUCGCCGUGAACCUCAUUAUGUGGAUAGUCGGCGCAGCGGUGUACCAGCACUCCAGAGCCACGGGAAAUAAAAAGGACAUGUGGGGAUGGUCCUGCGCGCAGAAUACCCGCGAGCAGCUCUACCACAACAGCGUUGACUAUGCUCUUCUUUGUCGUCUACAAGACUGGGGCCUUGUCUGCGCCAUCAUCGAGGUCGUCAUCGAGGUCCUAGUGAUCCUAAUAUAUGCGGUAGUCUUCUACCGCGUCUGGAGCAAGCGCAAGCUGAUGAAGUCCAUGGACACCCGCGACAACGCCCGUUCAAAUCUAUAUCUCGCCCAGCUGCGCCUGCAAUCCGCUCCAAACACCCCCGGCUUUGCAGGCUUCGCUUCCUACCCUCCCAAGACCCCCUUUAACGCCGCUGGCCCCGUGGACUCCUACUCAGCCGCCGAAAAAGGCAUGGCUCAACCCCAAACUACUCAGUAUGCCUCACCGCGUUCGCCUACUCGGCCGACCCCAUCGUUUCAGCUUCAGCCGCCUCCUAUCAAGGUUCAACAGCCAACGCCACACCCUGCCCAGCAAGAGUUUGCUCUUCCUUUUAAUUUAUCGCUGUCACCACCCUCUCAUAGCCAACACCAGAGUCCGCCUGUGAACAGGGGUGGUGCUCCCGGCGAGCGCACCUACGAUUCUGUGUCGAUUCCUGGGGCUUAUCAGAGUGCCAUGGUGCCGGCGUGCCCGGCCCCUGUUUGCAAGUAA